AUGUAUGCAUUCAAAGCUAACAUAACAGCAGCAUUUUACGUGGACUCGAUUUCAGGUAAUGAGCAAGGCGGUCCACAUUCUUGGCUUCCUGCUCAAAAGAGAAUGGCUGCAAUUGUACAAGCCUUCGUCAUCGAAGACGAGCUCAAGUCUGAUGCUUCUUUUGCUUUUCAAGAGGUCGCGCAAACUACCUCUCCUGUUUGUUCCGGGGACGAUCCCAGAACAACUCCGGACCACUUGGUCCUCGCCAUACCCACAAGCAUAAAGAUAGACCUUCAACCAAACGACUCACGAGCUUCUUCAAAACAAGCCUGGUCAUACCUGCAAUUUUCACAGAAUCUCGUUAAACAAGUCAGCGAAGUAAAAAGCUUGCAGAUUAAUAAAGAAAGACGAUCGAAUUCAGAUGAUGAAGAACGAGAAGAAGUUGCAUUUGACUUUAAUCGGCCAGAUCGACAGUUAUUUGCAUGGGACUUGGAGGGAGAAGAAUUAUUUCUGAAAUUGGGAAAGAGGAGUGUUGGGAGCGCCGUCGAAUUGCACUGUCUCUGA